GUAUAGGUUGAUCCAAACAGCUGAUUCAUUCAAUUUCACCGCAACAACGUUAACCCUUUACAGUUCGAAGGCUCCCAGAUAUGUUUGCAUCGUUGGUUCACAUGUACAGUAAGCUGUUUCUGACUUCGGAAAUUUGCUUUUGGCUAAUAGCGUUUCUUAAGAUUUCAAUCGACGGACUUCAGAUUUUUCCCCAUACUUCUGAAAUUGCAGUACUGGGCUGAGUGGAUAUCGAAAUACCAUUGCAGCAGCUGUUGAUUUGCACUUGUCAUAGAUUGUAGAUUGUGAUUUCAGUGUACUAGUACUGUCUAGUAGUACUGAAUUCCCUGCAGUCCAGGAAUCGAAGAAAACAAGGAACGAACCAAGCUGCUUGUUGGUGUGCGGUGGAUGUAUCGCCACCGUGUGGUUGCCUUGGUGAAAUCCACAUUCCAACCCGUCUCGAACCUUUGCACAUCUAGCUCUCGGCGCGUUCGUGUAGUAGUCCCUGCCUCUCGCUGUUUCCCCAGAAUGAGCAGCAGUGAGAGUCGUCAUGCGGACGAAGUGCACCGCCGUCAUUCGCGCGAUCUCCUCACUGAUUUUGUCCGACCGCAUGAUCUCCAUCCGCUGCCGGGCGACCUGAUCGAAUUCAACCGCGAUAUGUACAGCCAUUGGGGACUGUACGUGGGCGACGGGCAGGUGAUUCACGUCCGCGGUGGCCAACCGGAUUCUGAGAUCAGUUGGACAGGCAAGGCCAACGUCAAACUGGAUGAUCUGCAGGUCGUGGCGGGCGGCAGUCGAGUACGGAUAAACAAUCAAGAACCACGGGCAGCGCACCGCAAUCUACAGCCUUUGCCCAUGGAGAAACUAGUAGAGGACGCGAGGAAGUUGGUGGGCACGCAGGUGCACUAUGAUCUGUUUAGGAAGAACUGCGAGCAUUACGUUACGGAGUGGCGUUACGGUGAAGGAUGGAGCAAUCAGGUGGACCAGGGAGUGAAAGAUCUGCGUGAUCUAGCUGUACAGGCCACUCGCGAAAAUGCACCGAAAGUUGUGAACGCCUUACAGUCGUACUUGAAUAAUCGUGCCGAAAAUGUGCGAAACAGAGUGAAUGAAGAACACCAGCGCCUGCGGAAUGUGUUGUCGAAUCUGCUGCACAACGAUCAUGUGCGGACGCUGGCGGAGUGGCCAGUUCAACAGACAAUUGCCAAUCUCGCUGAGAAAAUCACCCAAAUGUUGCAGAAUCGAGUUGCGAACAAUUCCGCUUCAUCCGACAGCAGCUCUUAGCGUCCGCUUGAAAGCACUGCAUACGUGACAUUUACGCUUCUUAGUGCGGGAAGUGCCUCUGUUAUUAUUUCCUGUUUCUUUUAUACUUUCUAGCGAGUGCCUACCCAGUUUACACAUAAAUUCUCCAUAUUUUUCCCGUUGUUAACGACAACGUUUUUUGUGCAGAACUUUUAAAUUUAAAAACAAGUCAACUGUUAUCGGAACCAGUACACUUUUCAACCAUUAAGCCAGAUCUUGAUGCAGAAUGGUCCCUUUAUCCUUGAUUUCCUUGACCACCUUAGCCGAGCCGCUGGUAAUGGCCAUCCCGCUCUGACUUACCGACACCUUCAGCUCCUUCAUGCUGUUUAAUUCCGCCUUGGCUUUGCCCGAAACACUGGCACUCAGAAACUGAACGACCAACUGACCGCCGUGAAACUGGGAACUGUCGGAAAUGGCGAUGUUGGCAUUGUCCGCGGUCCCAGUCAAGGUCACUCCGCUGGUCCCACUGGCCACGACAUUGGCUGUUUCAACUGCUACAGCUGCCACCAGACUGGAGGAAGUUGAAACAACCGCGCUAAAUGAACUGGUUGUUACCGUUCCUGAAACCAAAAAUGACAAAAAUGCUGGAAAAAAUCUUUGUACAUAUCAUUUUGAUUCCAAGUAAAACAAUUUCGAACAAAUGGUUGGUGGGUUUUUUUGAAAAAACAAGAAAAUUGCGAAAAUAAGUAAUAGCGACAACAUUUGGC